AAUUCAAAUCUCACUCUCGCCCGGCUAUAUGUACAUACACUGAUAUACACACGAAACCUUCUCUCCUCUCAGUGUAACGGCUAUUUUUCUCUUGAAUUUCCCAAAGAAGCCCCUGUAAUUCAAAUCUCUCUCUCUCUCUGAAGAAGACGAAGAUGGCGGAAACUGGUGUAGAGUUCGUUGACCGAGAGGCUGAGUUUCUGGAUUCAAUGCAGGAGACGGGGUACGAGUGGGAGCUCUUCAAGGAGAACGUCAGGCCUUUGAAGAGAGGUCGAAACGUUCGUCUUCUCAACGACGCUCUCAGAUCUCACGUUGACGAUCAAACACGGAAGAAUCUCCUCGAGAAACGGAGGAAUUUGAUUGAGGAGAUCGAUGAGUACGACGGAGAUGAUCCACUCUUGCCAUGGAUAGAGUGUAUAAAAUGGAUUCAAGAGGCUUUUCCACAAGGGGGGGACUGCUCGGGUCUGGUUUUGAUAUACGAGCAAUGCGUGCGGAAGUUCUGGCAUUCGGAACGCUACAAGGAUGAUCUUCGUUAUCUCAACGUGUGGUUGGAAUAUGCGGAACAUUGCGCUGAUGCGGAAGUGAUAUACAAGUUUUUGGAAGUCAAUGACAUUGGAAAGAAACACGCUUCAUACUACAUUUCGUAUGCUCUGCACAUGGAGUCCGAGUCCAAGGUGAAAACUUCCAACGAAGUCUUCAAUCUUGGGAUGUCUAGAAAAGCCCAGCCAGUGGAAAAGUUGAAUGAUGCAUACAAGCGAUUCAUUGUACGGUCGAUGAGAAAGCCCAUAAGCACCGAUGAAGAGGAAACAAAGGAGAAUGAUUUACCAGCAAGAAGCUUUGGUACUAUAUUGUCCAGGGGAGAAAAUAAUGCAGGAAGGCAAACAUUUGGAAGCUCUAAUGGUCCAGCGAAAAAAAUGAAGCCGAAUUACUCAUCCAGGAAGCCUUUAUCCAUCUAUAACGACAAUGUUGCCGCCGAUUCUACGUUGGGGCAUCAACCAGACAAGUCAAAGGCGGAGGUUGGUUCAUGGCUCUUGCUUGGGGGCAGAGCUGAGAGGAACAAAGAAAACAACUCCUUGCCUGGAAAAUGGACAUCAUUUAAGGUUCCUCAGAGACCCUUUACGAGAACUGCCACAGCCCCUCCUCUACCUUCUUCUUCCUUCCACGUGUUUGUCGACGAAGAGUGUACAGACAGAGAGGUUAAGAAGAAUCACGAUGAGAACAAAUCAUCUUCAUCAAAUCUGCCCCUUAAGGAUGGCCAGGAAAUAAAGAAAGAAACCGAGCUACUGAGGCAGAAUCCUUUGCGCAAUUUCCCUCCCAACAGCUUUCUUCGAUGAGUAUGCAAUGGCCUAGAGCUAUCUUAUACAAUGUUCAAUGUCGGCUUUUGUCUCUAAAGCCUGUACAACUGUUGAGCAUGAGUUUGUUGCUUGUUGUGUGCUGUUAUGAGAACUCACUUGCGUACCGUUUUUCGUCUUUAUGUCUUUUCAUUUCCAUGUAUACGCGUUUUUACAUAACAGGAACUUGAUUUGUCUUGGGCU